GAUGGGUGGCGCGCGCAGAUGCAUGCCCUUAUCGGUAUGGUUCCUCCGGAGCCUCGGGAACCAGAAGCAGAAGACAAGAAGAAGGAAAGAGUCGCAGCCGGCGCUACUUUCACGUGGAUAUCAUCGAACUUCAGUACUUGCCCUGAGGAUGCUAAUGAGGACACGGUGAAGACAUAUGCUCGUGUCUACAUGUGGUACGUGAUAUCCAGGACUAUGUUUGCUGAUGGCACAGGCAAGAAUGCUCCAUGGAUGUGGCUGAAGGCGUUGACCAUCUUCGAUAGCAAAUGGAGUUGGGGUUCGGCGACACUGGCUUACUUGUAUCGACAGUUGGACGAAGCCUGUUGUAGGCACACUGGAGGUAUUGGUGGUUGUCUGCUCGCACUUUCCAUAUGGAGCUGGGAGCGUUUGCCGGUUGGACGACCGAAGACCAUGAAGUACGAGGAUUGGGACGACAAAGACGACCCACUACGGCUCCCCACUUGGGCUCACAAGUGGGAUGUGUUAAAUGAGACGACGGAUGAUCCCUCGGUCAUGUACAAGUUGUACAAGAGCGAGCUGGACGCGAUCACGCCUGAGCAGGUGGAAUGGGAACCGUAUGGAAAAGGAGAGAGUUUUGGUAACCCUAUGGAGUUCAGCCUGAAUCCGAUGUGCACUAGGGAUAGGGAUCUCUGGCAUAUGCGGUGCCCACUGAUAUGCAACUGGGCGGUUGAGCUUCACCUGCCACAUCGGGUGUUCCGCCAGUUUGGUUUGUUCCAGCCACACCCUCCGGAGUGGGAGGACACGGACAAGUUGCUACACGCGUUGGAUAGGAAAAAGCAGCGGAAGAUCAAGGAUUGGGCCAACCAUCACAGGAAGUAUGUCGUACAGUUCGCGCUUAGUGUGGAGCAAGCAAGGGCUGGAAAACGAGCCCAGCUUCGUGAGCACUGCCCGAUCGCGUUCAACAACUAUCUCACAUGGUUUCUUGCAAGUACCCGCGUGGAGGUAUGCAAGCCGGCGUAUGCUGAGGAGAUUCUGGAAGAACCCACCGUUUUUUAUGAGGUAGCCCAGCACCAGUACAACGCAUUAGUCAGGAAAGGCAACUCAGUGAUCCCUUCAGCUCCAAUGAUGAACUUUGUGCGUGCCCAGAUCAAGAAAGCAGCUGAUGAGACCGAGACUAUUCUGGAAACAACCCCGGCUGGCAAAAGCGAUGGGGAAGGUGCACUUCGAGCAUUCAUUAAGCGCCAGGGCCAAAAGUUAAGGCGGCUAUCAAACCUUUUUGGUUGUCGUGACCCCGAGUAUGUAUCACCAGAACGGUCUAGGUCGGCGACACCAUCAGAUCCCGCUUCGGGGCAGGGCCAUGGUGAACCUUUGGAGGAUGAGGAUGUGGGUGUGGUCACCCAAGAGGUUGCUGAUGAUAUGACCAUGGGGACGUACCAGGCUCGGUCUGCAUACGAGUUGAAGCCUAGGAAGGGAAUCAACAAGUACACACCUGAAGACUUCACCCAAAGAGGCCAAAGAGGCAAAAGGACGGUCGGCACCUCGUGGAUGGCGGCUUUGGAUGACUAUUUGGAUGACGAUGUAGAUGACGUGGAGGAACCGGAGCCGGAGCCGGAGCGGCUGAAAAUGACCCAGUCUGAAUGA